UACUUGUUAGGUUCGUGUGUUGAAGAGUUGUUCUAUCCUCAAUAACGUGGCACAAAUCGCUCCCUCACUUGUCGCACCUAGACUUCUGAACUUCAUAUGUUUGGAUCAUUUACCGUCUAAUUUUUGCGGUGUUCCGUUUUCUCCAACAUUGCACAAAAGCCGUAUUUUUCCGGAUAUUCGACGUGGCUCAUAAAAGAGAAGUACUUGUCAUCAAAGCUUUGAUCUGUGUUCAAGGAAAGUCUUUUCAAGAUCAACAAUCAAUACAAGUUUAUAGCAAAUACAACACAAGCCGACGGAUUCAUCUCAGCUUAUGAGGAGUAAGUAGAGGAUAUGUAACACCCAUAUUUUUUGAAUCGCUAACUUUUAAUCACACUGUAAACGAAAAUACUUGCCACUAAUUAGUUAGAUAAAAUCACAGUCAAUCGAUAAUGCUACGGCAAUUGUUCAACAAUUAUAUUGUGCUGUACGCAAUUUAACCUUUGUGUUUAGUUUAAGUUUUUUUUUUUUCAAGUUAUUUAAAAAAAUAGCGAAUUUAUGUCGUGUGAUGGUUUUGCUCCCUGUUCCAUAACAUUCAAGCUAACAAAUGCGUCAGGUUUUCCGCACUUUCAAUGAUUAACAAGUGUGUUCUAAUUAGUAAAAAAAGUUCAAGCUGCACUAAUGCCAUUGACAGUCCUUUUGCUCAAUACCAACAAAGCCCUCACUUCAAGCUCCGGUCAUCGAAAUUCCUCAAAAGACAACAAAUGAAUACAAUUAUUACCUCUUGCCUGAUUUCUUGAUUCCUCUCAAACGAUGAGCGAUAAUUAACAGCCAAGCUUGAUAUUUGAAGUAUGCCUUGUUCUAAAAAUAACGUACAGCUUUUUUCCAUCUUAACCCUAUUUUGUUUCAAAGACUAUUUCUUGAUACUCUUGUCGUUUUUGAAACAUUUGUUUCCCUAGCAAAAUACGAACCUAAGCAGAGCCUAAGAUCCACUGUUACCAUGUAUUUUAUCCCUUUACGGUACUCUGAAUGUUUCAAAAGAACUUAUAACUAGUGGUAUUUUUUGAAGCGUCCUAGUGAGAUUUAAAUUUCUUAAACGCUUUAAACAAAAUUUAACGCGAACACAGUUCGAGUAUUGAGUUUGUCCAAUACAUAAUUCUUUGGCCGUCGGACGUGCAGGCUCUUCAUGGGUAUGGCGUCAGGAACAACUAAUGAGAAGCAAAUCACCGAUGUGUAAUUGCAUUUAGCUCCGAUUACUUAGCAGUCGUUCUAAUUACUAAGUGAUUAUGCUUUAAGGCGGUAAAGCCUACAUAAUCUCACGCGUACUUCAAUCGGAUUACGAAAGCAGUCACUUACCGCCUGGGAAACCUCUGAUAUUGUACAGUACUAAACUACUUAGCUAACAGUUAUGUUAAGCUAAUAGAAAGACGCACUUUCAAGUGGGUCCUUUUCAAGUGCUUACGAUUAUGUGGCGUCAGAAAAUUCCAGAAAGAGGCACGAUUUACCCCCAUGUUUUUUUACAAACUUUCAUUCCAAGCCUCUGACGUACAACUUAUUUAUAUCACCCAUACGAGUUUUCUACGUUAGCGCUUCUCAAUUGCAACCAGACCAGUCAAUUCUGGGAGGGCUGAACGGGUAUAGGCCUUAAUACAAGUUACAAUUCUUAGAAUAGUUAGCUUAUUGUGGGCCAAAUGUAAUGUUUUUGUAGAAUUCUGUCGUAAGUACCGCAAAUAUGCGAUGCAGGCGAAAGUUUUCAAAGAAAUUCUCUUUGUGCUUUCCUAGCUCUGUUUAAAAUAUCACUUAGUUUCUGCCCGCUUGCAAGCAAAAUUCUUACCUUUGAUUGGAUAGUUCAUAGACGAAACUAGACGAGGUACACGUGAUGGAGUAUGCCCCGGACGUGAAGAAGUUCUUGUCCUCUUUGCCAUGAGAAAUGAAAGUGGGUUGUCGGUUUUAUAUUUCGAGAUAUCAUAGACGAUAAGGACGAGGUUAAAUUAUUUUUCAACAAACCGCGGCCAAAAAUUUCUUUUUUCGUGUCUACUCUAUUUGUGGAGUUGACGUUUAUCCAAAAUGUUUGAACGAGCAAAAGUUUAGUUCCGUGUUCAUUAUAUUUGCUAUUCGGUGUUUGUGUUCGUAGCAUUUUUUCCCAAAGUCUUAUUCUCUUUAAAAAUGAUUCUCUUUGACAAUAAAAUGGCUCAAAAUAGUGUUGGCGUUUAACCUUGUUGAUAGGCUGCUCACAUCAGUAGAGAGGAUACUAUGUGUAACUAUGUUACCUCUCAUGAAUAAAGAGGGGCAAGUUUCUAAAGAAGCCAUGGUGCUUCGUCGGUAGGGAGUAUCGCAAGAUAACUUGGUUUUAUCAACAGAUUUGAGAGUGAAAAUUGGCCCGCCGUCGUAAAGAGUUUCUCAUUUACGCGUUAGUCCUUCUUUAGAGCGAAUGUUACUGCUCAGUUAAGCGGAAUACAACAGAGUAUAGUUGUUUCGGUCGAAACACGUUUCUGAUGAUGAAUUAAGUAUGUUAUUUUAGUAUUCCAUUUGCACGUAGAAUGUUUUAAGGUCCCUCGAACUGAGACAUCCUUUUCAAUCCUCUAAAUGCUGUGAAGGGAAAAGGUACUAUUGAGGGAAAAAUAUCGCACUUACACAUAACUCAGGUUUGUACGUAUUCUGUCGCGGUAGCUCAAAAAUCAAAGACCGCAAUGAUUUUUUUUUAUUUGACGAACGAUUUCAAAACGUAUAUUUGAAACGUUUAUUUGUGGAAACUAUGAUUAAAGUCACUAAUUUUAAUCAAUCCCUUCAGGACUGAGACAAAAACAUUUUAAGUUGGAUAUUAAAUGGUUUUCAGUCCUUAUCGAAUGCUCAAAAAAAGUCGGGCUUUCUUGCAUUAAUUCAGACCUCGAGCGCACAAGGUCGAACAUGGUUUUCGCAAUGCAUAGGCGCCCUUUCGAGAAUUGAGCGGAACAAGUCUCACGUGGGCUACAAAGCUGGGUAGGUACUUUCACAUUGUCGUACAAUUCUUUGUGAGAUUAAUCUCUUGAAGAAAGGAAUCGUGCUGACAGUAUUGUAACAAUCUUCUGAAGAACGUGGCCGGGUCCAAAGUUUCUUCGGCACGUGAAAUAAGCGAGUUCAGCAAAUUGUGCAUUUGUGAAAGACAGCAGGGUAUUCCCUUUUUUGAAAACAGCAUAGAUGUAAAACGCGAUGACUUGGCAUGCUGCUUGAGUUUCAGGGAUGUCUUGUUGCUCGCAACGUUUCUUUUGCCACUGCGAUUAAAGCGCCACUUUGCGUUUUAUUGCGCUUGACUGAUCUGCUUGUAAGUUAUAAUCGACGCGUUUUGUUAGCCAACUCACACUUUUAGAGGAACUAACCUUUUAUCGUUACGAUUCCUUUCAGAUUCAUUGUUACAAAAAAGGGAGAAUAAACAAAGUCCACCUACUCCGAAAACAACGUACCCUGAGACAGUGGGUCGGUGCGUGAGUGAAAUGUCAGGCUCUACAUUAAUUUUAAGCGGAUGGCACAUUGAAAUACCGAAGCUCGUAUCAUUUGAAAUCAUUUAGCAUUGAACUCCGUGCGAGAAACAUUGAAUUAGGCUUGGUGAGCAAAGACAUUACCUCAGCUAUAACAAUGUGCCUUUCGCCAUGCACUUCAUUGCAGGGCAGAUCUUAGCCAGGAGGAUAAAGAUCUUUAAAUUGCGGCAAUGGAUCUGUCCCUUACUUUCCUGCUUGUAGCAGUACUCGGGACAACGUAUGUGUGCAGUAUAAACGCUGACCUACUCAAAGGAAGCAACGGAAAACCCGCCAAGUGGUUCUGCCUGACCAUUACAGAAACCCAGAUGGAAAAUGAUGAAGGGACUCUAUUUCUGAAUAUUGAAGAAGACAGCAAUUCGUUUGAAGAAUUUGCUAAAAAAGUCCUUUCGGCCUUCACACCAACCAGAGAGACUUCCUUUUUUAAAAGGAAAGUGCAUUCUAGCCAAGCUAGACGGAGAAGGCAGAUCUUUGGAAAGGACAACCGAGUGAAUAUGCGAACUUCUCUCGAGGCUCAGAAGUAUCCGUUCUCCACUGCAGUAAUGCUUUCUUCCGGUUGCACUGGUACGCUCAUUGGGCCUCGGCACGUGCUGACAGCCGCUCAUUGUGUUCACGACGGAAAAAGACAGUUAAAAAUUGCCAAACGCCUAAAAGUUGGUUUGCUGCAACGAUCAGGAAAGUUCCACUGGAUCCAAGUGAAGAGAAAGUUUAUACCUAAGAAAUGGAAAAAACAGACCCAAACGAAAGAGAAGCUAAGAUACGAUUUCGCAGUUUUAAAACUGAAGCGCAAGCACUCAAGAAAACACAUGUCCGUGCAGAUCAGUAGUCUUCUUCCCGGUUCGAAAAUUCAGUUCUCUGGUUUUCACGGUGACAAAUGGUACAAUUCUUUGUGGUACACAUAUUGCUCUGUUUACAGAAAAGCGAACGACAUGAUUCUUAACUUUUGCGAUGGAGUUAGAGGUGUCUCCGGCUCUGGAGUUUACGUGAACUCUCCCAGUCGCGAUGAGAGUGCAGUAGUUGGAGUGGUUUCGGCAAUAGUUCGAGGGAAAGUCAAAGGCAAAGAGUUCAAAUUUAAUGUUAUUAAUUCCUUUACCAGCAAUAAGGUACGGCAGAUCUCUAAGUGGGUCCGCCGCUAAAAGUGUAGAAAAUCGAUCCAGAGAAGCAAUGGAAUUGAUAUCUUUUUUAAAAAUUGAAUCAGGAAGCGAAAGUUACUUUCAGCAGUCUCAGUAUAUUGAUUUCAACGUUCCUGUCUCAGCGUUAAGUUUAUCACACAGACGCAUUGCUACACCAGAGAAGCUAAACAAAGUCACACGAAUUGCCGAAGAUGACGAACAAUCACCUUGAUCAAGAAUGGACUGCAUUCAAAUUCAUUCAUUUCACGUGAAUAUCUGAAGAUGACGAACAAUUACUUUGAUCAAGAAUGGGCUGCAUUCAAAUUCAUUCAUUUCACGUGAAUAUCUGAAGAUGACGAACAAUUACUUUGAUCAAGAAUGGGCUGCAUUCAAAUUCAUUCAUUUCACAACUUUUCAUGUCCGUGCGUAGAAGGCUAGAUGAACACUAUAAAUUUGCUUUCGAAUAUAAUUUGCAUAUUUUACUUUUUAUAUCGUAUUUUUCAGUUUUAAUCGCAAAAAAAUUUCCCUUACCUUUAGAUUUUUACAGUUGCGCUUCAAUGAAUUAAGUUCUUCAUAGGUUUGUCAAAAGGUUGAUGUAGAUUAAAUGAAGGUUACUGUUGCUUUAAGUGUUCCUAACACACUCACAUGUUGCGAUGGAACUCCUUGUGUUAAACCUGCAGUAACUAAUAUAUCUUUACAGCACUUAAAUUGAAAAGAUAACAGACGCUUAAAGCCCAUCUAUCCUUAUUUCGCUUUCUGGUGCUUGUAUUCAAAUGUAAUCAGUUAAGAUACUUCUUGUAAAUUUAUCAUGCUACGAAACAGGCAUUAUAUGUCAAUUGGUAAUCCUUAGUAAGGGAAAAAUUAAUAAACGCAACAGAAAAUAUA